AUGCCACGAUUUGAUAUGCGAGAUAAAGAUGGAAUUAUUUUUGAUCCAAUUGCACCACGAGCUGGAGAGAAAUUGGUCGCAAAAUGUACUCUAGUUGGCUUAACACCUAAUGAUAAACGUCACGUUGAAUGGUCAUUAGAAAGAUUUAAUGAUGGAAAAAAUUUUACAUUAGCUGUUGAUACUGAUGUUUUACAAUUUAAUCAACCAAUACCUCGUUUACAAGCUAUACAUGGUACUGAUUCACCGGAUUGGUAUUUAAUAUUUGAUCCACUUGAUCGAGAUGAUAUUGGAAAUUUAACAUGUCGUUUAACUGACACAAAUUUACGAGAUGUAUAUUUAACACGUUUUCUUAAUGUGAUUAGUGAACCUGUUGUUCUUGAAUCAUCAACAAAAGAUAUUGAAGUCAGUGAUGGAGACUCUGUUACACUUAUAUGCAAUGCACAAGGAUAUCCGACUCCAAAAAUCGAAUGGCAAAAAGCAGAUGCACGACCUUUAACUUCAGGUUAUAUUCGACAAGUGGGAUCUCAAUUACAAUUAUAUCAUGUAUCGAGUAAAGAUACUGGAAUUUAUAAAUGUCUUGCUAGUAAUCUAGUUGGUUUUGGUAGUGAAUGGACAUUGAAACUUUCAGUAAGAUUUCGUCCAUAUAUUUAUUGUCAACGUGAAGUUGGUCAAGCAACCGAUUUUCAAGUUGAUGUUUAUAUGGAAUGUUAUGUGUAUGGUUAUCCACCACCAAAAAUUUCUUGGCGUAAAGAACGAAGUGCUGGUUUACCAAAUAUGAAAUAUGAUACAGAUAUUUGGAAUUCACAAAAAUAUUUAAUUGAAGCUACAAUACCAGAAAUGUCAAUUUGUACUGAUUGUAUUCUAUCACGUUUGACAAUAAUUAAUGUUGAACAAGCUGAUUUAGGUCAUUAUUAUAUUAAUGCAACAUCACCUGGUUUUCCAUCUGAAUUUGGAAAAAUUACACUUUAUCGUAAGGGAUAA